AGUUUCUCAUUGCAGGGUGAGAGCUCUGAGUUCCGGUGUAAGAGAAAAGAGACGUGGCGAAAUUGCUGUAUAUCUCUGCCCUAUAAGCACAUCUGUCAUUUAGACCGAAGGGAAACCAGGCAUCAAAAAGGCUGCGCAAACCAUGCAGGAUGAUUUACUGAUGGACAAAAGCAAAGCCCAGCAGCAGCGGCAGCAGCAGCAAGAUCCAAACUCAGCAGAAGCCCCCUCUACGCCCAUCUCAUCGGAGACACCCAAACCAGAAGACAGCAGUUCAGUGACUAGUAUCGGCACAUCGGCUCCUUCCCAAAAUAGCAAGGAGAAGAUGCAGAUGGAGUCUCCCAUUUUGCCUGGCUUGAGUUUUCACCAGCCUCAACAAGAACCUGCAGCCGGCACCUCCUUGUCUCCCUCCUUUGGCAGCACCUGGUCUACAGGGACCACAAACACAGUGGAUGAUAGCUUUUUCCAAGGGAUUACUCCGGUCAAUGGGACAAUGCUUUUCCAGAAUUUUCCACACCAUGUCAACCCUGUAUUUGGUGGCACUUUCUCACCACAAAUUGGCCUAGCUCAGACUCAACACCACCAACAUCAGCAGCAGCAGCAGCAAGCUCAGCAGCAGCAGCAGAGGAGGUCGCCUGUAAGCCCUAAUCAGGCACCUUUUGCCCAGAGAAAUGCUGCUUACAGCCAUCAGGCCAUCAUGACCAGCAAACCAUCUUCUUCCUCUGCCUCCUCCUCUUCCUCCUCCAGCUGGAAUAACCAUCAAAACGCAGCUUGGAGUACACCCUCCAACCCUUGGGGUGGGCUGCAGGCUGGUAGGGACCCUCGAAGGGCAGUUGGAGUGGGUGUCGGCGUGGGAGUGGGGGUUGGUGUACCCUCCCCCCUCAAUCCCAUUUCCCCCCUUAAAAAACCGUUCUCCAGCAAUGUCAUUGCCCCUCCGAAGUUCCCACGGGCUGCACCCUUAACCCCCAAAUCCUGGAUGGAAGACAACGCAUUCAGGACGGACAAUGGCAGCAAUCUGUUGCCUUUUCAGGACCGGAAUAGGCCCUAUGACACUUUUAACUUGCACUCUUUGGAAAAUUCCUUAAUGGAUAUGAUAAGGACUGAUCAUGAGCCUCUGAAAGGGCGUAUGGGGAUAAACUUCCAUCAUCCAGGAACAGACAAUAUUAUGGCUCUUAAUACCAGGAGCUAUGGGCGGAGAAGAGGUCGGUCUUCACUCUAUGGCUUCCUAGACGACAGUCAUGGUGAUCAGUCUUUAUCAUCGGGUCUCAGCUCUCCAACACGCUGUCAGAAUGGUGAAAGAGUGGAACGCUAUUCUAGAAAGGUGUUUGUUGGAGGUCUUCCUCCUGACAUUGAUGAAGAUGAGAUCACUGCCAGCUUUCGUAGGUUUGGACCUCUUGUGGUGGACUGGCCUCACAAAGCAGAAAGCAAGUCAUAUUUUCCACCUAAAGGUUAUGCCUUUCUGCUGUUCCAGGAGGAAAGCUCUGUACAAGCUCUGAUAGAUGCCUGUCUGGAAGAAGAUGGGAAACUUUACCUGUGUGUGUCAAGUCCCACAAUCAAGGAUAAACCAGUGCAAAUUCGACCUUGGAACCUAAGUGACAGUGACUUUGUGAUGGAUGGGUCUCAGCCUUUGGAUCCAAGAAAAACUAUCUUUGUUGGAGGAGUUCCACGGCCCCUCCGAGCUGUUGAAUUGGCAAUGAUUAUGGACCGUUUGUAUGGAGGUGUCUGCUAUGCUGGCAUUGAUACAGACCCAGAGUUGAAGUAUCCAAAAGGUGCUGGCAGAGUGGCUUUCUCCAAUCAGCAGAGCUAUAUUGCUGCUAUCAGUGCUCGCUUUGUCCAGCUCCAACAUAAUGACAUUGAUAAACGGGUGGAAGUGAAGCCAUACGUGCUGGAUGAUCAGAUGUGUGAUGAAUGCCAGGGCACUCGCUGUGGUGGAAAAUUUGCUCCAUUCUUUUGUGCCAAUGUUACUUGUUUGCAGUAUUACUGUGAAUACUGCUGGGCAAGCAUACACUCUCGUGCUGGACGGGAGUUCCACAAACCACUGGUAAAGGAGGGAGGUGACCGGCCCCGCCAUGUCCCAUUCCGCUGGAGCUGAACCCCAGGCCUCGCUCAGCAACUAGUACUGGAAUACAUAAAAUCGAGUGAAAAGAGCAUGCUGCCUCAGGGCUUAGUGUUCUGGAAAUCUGUGCAUUCGUCCUCGACUUUAAUGAAGAUAUGGGUCUUUUUAUUACUAUUAUUAUUAUUUACAGUCACAUUACUGAACUCAGUGUCCAGUACAAUACAAACCGGCAGAGUGUAACUGUACUGAUUUUGCACUUUGAUUCACACAAACAUCUGCUUGGUACCUUAAUUUCCUACACAAGACUUGUCACUAGUGACAUUAUGUAGACUGCCAUUCUCAUCAGCCUUCACUGGGUUGAUGUGUAUGUGAUGAAGAUUUUUUUAUUAUAAUUAUUUUUAUUUUUAAACUGGAGCAUGCACUUAUUUUCAGAAAUUUAGACUUGCCCCUAGCAGAUGACUUACCAAAGGUAAUAUUCACAAGUAGGUGGCAGAUGUAGCAAAAACUUAAACAGAUAUUCAGCAAUCAUUGGUUUGGGUCAUUUAGAGUAGUAAUAACCUUUCAAGAAAAUAAGCCUUUAGUUGCUCUCCAUUUUGAUUUGUAAGGAUGAUACCUCAUAAGCUGGAUCAGACUUUUUUCUUUUGUUUUGCUGAGGUUUUUUUUGUUUUGUUCUGUUUUGGGUUUUUUUAGGUCUUUUAGUGUUAUGUAAAUGUAUGCUGCAAUAGCUUUUGCUGCUAUUAAAAUGGUAUUACUAAUACCAUAAUACUCUAUUCAGGCUAGGGUUUCAAUUAAAAAAUGAAUAUGUGAUUAAAAUAGUGAUGGCUGCUGAAAGGAGAUCAGUAUAGCAUACAGAAAAGCUUCCAAGGAAGGUCAAUAUUUUUUGACUGCAUGUUUACUUAAUCAGGUUGCUGCAUGCAAUAAAUUUUAUAUAUGUCUAAUAUAAAACCUGCCCACAAUGCACAAAUUAUGAAUUUAUGUAGGCUACAAAAUACUCAGUAACAAAAAAUUGAUUACUGACUGGAGGAAGGCAUGCCUCUGUAAAUGUAAUGCUUCUGAAAUUAGAAUCAGCCCAUUACAGAAUGACCUAUAUUACAACAAAUAUAAAAACUAGCUGUAGGAUAUUCUUAAAACAAAUUUGUGGAUGGUAGAUGAAGUACUUUGCGGUGCUCUGUUAUAUAUCGUGCAAUUUAUUUUAUAUAGUAAAGUGAUUAUGUCUAGUACUGUGAUCAAACUUAACUGUUAAAGCCUCUGUAUCCAACAUUAACACACUUCUGACAGUUCAUAACAGGUACAUAAACAGAAAUGAGCUCUUAGUUAAAAUCUCUCUCCUAAUGCUUGCAUUAUUUAUGUAGCUGCAGACCUUGUCCAGAGAACCAAAGAGCUCAUGCUAGCGUACAUACACUACCGAUUAGAUAGUCUGUCAAACUAAUAAAGUAGGCACAUUUAAGAAAGUUAGGGGAAAAAAGUGGUGCUAAAGAAAUGUCUGCAUAUAAAAGUAACGUGAGAUGUCUGCUCUGUGGAUGUGGCGUUAUCUCUCUAAUCCCUGGAUGUAUCCUGUGAAGCUUGAAUACAAUUAAGACCUGCUAACACAGUGGACAUUUUUUUAGCAUAAACUAUGGGGCUGCAGAUAGCAUAUAAAUAUAAACACACUUGGUAUACUAAUGAUUGUGAGAAUGUGUACACUAUUUUUUUUCUUUUUCCUCCUUUGUUUUUGCAGUUCUGGGGACAAUCUGACUGGAUAUGACACCGCAUAGUAGAUUUAAAUGUUCUGGGUUUUGUUUGUUGUGAUGUUCUUGUUUGUGUCUAAUUUAGUAUGUUUUUCCCAAUGUUUAGUUGCAAAUAUUGGCUUUGAAAGGACUUUUUCUGUUUUUGAAAAAAAAAAAAAAAGAAAAAAUAGUUUUUUACUGGUUUAAAAUGCUUAUUAUACUUAUCCCUUUUGAAGCUACUUCUGGGCAUUUUUGUGAUAUUGCUUUUCCCAGCCCAGGUGUCUUUUCUGUUUUUUUUUUCAUCUGUACAAGACAUUUUGUUAUGCACUACUUUUUGUAUCUAGACAGUUUUCAACAGUCGGCUGAUGAUUUUUUUUAAAGAAAAAGGCAUGCUUUCUGACUGACAUGAUCUUUUGCAAUACCUCAAUUUUGAAAUAUAAGAAAGAAAAUGAUAUUUUCUAAGUAAGUUUAUUCAGAAAAAUAUAUAUUAAUUUAAUUCUGCAAGAAAAAUGAUUUAACAGAUGGGUAACUUUAUUUUUUUCAUGCUUAUUUGAGUUUUUUUGAAAAUGAAGAAGUUAGAGCUUUAUAACUGUAAUAUUAAAGAUCAUAGCUAACCUAACCUCGACUAUUUGUUGUUAUGUGCAAUACUGUUUGUACUGUUUGUAUAAAAAAAAA